AUGGCGCAGUAUUGGGAAUCACCAGUAGUUAAGAGUCUGUUACGCCAUGGUCUGGCUGUGUGUUUAGCGCUCACCACCAUGUGCACCAGCUUGUUGCUCGUGUACAGCAGCCUCGGCGGCCAGAAGGAGCGGCCCCCGCAGCAGCAGCAGCAGGCAGGGGCGACCGGCAGCGCGCAGCCGUCGGCGGAGAGCAGCCCCCCCUCGAGACCCCGGAUCCCCGCUGCACCGCGGCCGUUGGACGGAUACCUCGGCGUGGCGGACCACAAGGUGACUGACAGCUCGCUCACCGGCGCGCGCACCACCCAGCCUGGGGAUCCCGCACACCUGAGCCUGCCCCCUUUCCCGGGGCUGGGAGGCGCCGUGAGUAGGUGCCUUGAGGAGGCUGGAAGGGGGAGCGGAGCCGCCGGGGUAGGGUGGGAGAGUUCCUUCUCGGAAUGA